AUGGCGGGGGAGGCGGCCGGGCCCGGCCUGGUCCCCGCGGCCGGGGGGAAGGUGAAGGCGCUGGCCCUAGUGCUGGAGGAUGAGGCCCGGCGGGGCGGCUACUCGAGCGGGGAUACGGUGUCGGGCCAGGUGCUGGUGGAGCUGGCGGGGCCGCUGCUUCUCCGGGCCCUGCGGCUGGAGGCCACGGGCCGGGCCUGGGCGGCCUGGAGCAAGGGGUCCGUCCGGGUCUCCUCUGCCCGGGCCCGCGGGGGCGCGGGGCGGGGCGUCCCGGGGCCCCGGCGGGAGGCCGAAGUGCGGUAUCUGGACGUCCGGCAGAGCCUCCUGCGGCAGCCCCCGGAAGGUGAAGAUGGCUUUUUCCUGUUAGAAGCUGGAAAACAUGAAUUCCCAUUCAGCUUUCAACUUCCACAGGAACCUUUGGUGACCUCUUUUAGUGGAAAGUAUGGCAGUAUUCAGUACUGCGUGAAAGCAAUUCUGGAAAGGCCUGUAGUACCUGAUCAAAGUGUAAAGAGAGAACUUCAGGUUAUCAGCCAUGUUGAUGUCAACUCGCCAGCUUUCUUGAUGCCUGUUUUGAGAAGCCAGGAGAAGAUGGUUGGCUGUUGGUUUUUCACCUCUGGUCCAGUCUCUCUGAGUGCCAAAAUUGAGAGGAAGGGAUAUUGUAAUGAGGAAGCCAUACCGAUCUAUGCAGAAAUUGAGAAUUGUUCCUCUCGUUUGAUUGUUCCAAAAGCUGCCAUUUUCCAAACACAGACUUAUCUGGCCAGUGGGAAGACAAAGACUUUCCGUCAGAUGCUUGCCAAUGUACGAGGAAACCCUAUUGCUUCUGGGAGUACAGAUACCUGGAAUGGGAAAACUCUGAAAAUCCCACCUGUAACCCCUUCCAUUCUUAACUGUUGUAUCAUCAGAGUAGAGUAUUCUUUAGCUGUGUAUAUCCAUAUUCCUGGUGCUAACAAGUUGAUGAUUGAAUUGCCACUGGUAAUUGGCACAAUUCCAUAUACUGGGUUUUCAAGCAGGAACUCCAGCGCCGGCCAGUUCAGCGUGGACAUGAGUUGGUUGGCACUGACCAUGCCAGAACACCCUGAAGCACCACCAAAUUAUGCUGAUGUAGUAUCGCAGGAAGAGUUCUCUAGACAUGUUUCUGCUUACUCACAACCAGUUGACUGUGAUGAACAAUUAUGUGGUCACAUGUUUGCCUAUAUACAGGAGUUCCGGUUUCAGCCUCCACCUCUCUAUUCAGAGAUUGAUCCACAUCCUACUCAUAUAGAAGAGACCCAGUCUGUUUCAUUCAUGCUCUAAACAAUAUUUGAAGUAGCUGUAUUGUGAUGAAAUGGAAUCCCUUAUGCUUCAGCUGUUAGUAAAGCUAAAAGGAAACUGCUUUCUCAUUAAGAGCUUUAGUUCAGAAACAAAGUGCAAAGGCAAUUGGAGUUGGAAGUCUGAGCAUGUUUGGCAUUAAAAGAAUCCCUUUUGGAUUAGUCUGCAUAGGAGGUGUGGAUGUCAAAUUAUGUGACUAAGUGGGAGCA